AUGGCUACCGAGCCCUCCAACCAGCGAACUGUAGAGUUCUACCUGUCGAGCCUGUGGUCUUGGCUGCCAGAGGGCCACAAUCGCAUUCUUGAGGCACUGGAGGGCUGCGACUUGGAGCAGGCUGACUUCGCAUGGGACGAGAAGUACCACUGGUUCCACAUUCGAUGCCUGGAGGACGACAAGGACUAUGUCAUGAACCAAUACCUCAAGGCCCAGAGCGAGAUGGAGAUCGAGCUCAAGGAGAAGGACGUGAUCCGGGACGAUGGCAACCUGAUCCCGACUGUCAAGAAUGAUCUCAUCGGGACCUCGAGGCCCAGAGUCGCCAUCCCUGACAAGUCGGACGACCCCAAGUUGGCUGCGAGGACGGAGCGUGUUGACAUUGAGUGUCCAAAGGGACAGGGCCGCGUCGAGAAGAGAAUCGAGCGGCAGGUAGUGAGCGAGACUGCAGCCUACCUGUUUUGA